CUUGGUCCCCGCAGCCCGCGACAGGCCCGCCGUCGAUUCGGAGCGCGGUGGCAACUGACUGCACCUUUUUGACCCUCUUGGACGUGAAAGCCUCUCUGCCGUUAUGAACAUCCGCAAUGCGAGGCCGGAGGACCUGAUGAACAUGCAGCACUGCAACCUGCUCUGCCUGCCCGAGAACUACCAGAUGAAGUACUACUUCUACCACGGCCUGUCCUGGCCGCAGCUCUCUUAUAUUGCUGAGGACGAGAAUGGGAAGAUUGUGGGUUAUGUUCUGGCCAAAAUGGAAGAGGACCCGGACGACGUGCCGCACGGACAUAUCACCUCGCUGGCUGUGAAACGCUCCCACCGGCGCCUCGGCCUGGCCCAGAAGCUUAUGGACCAGGCAUCACGAGCCAUGAUCGAGAACUUCAACGCCAAAUACGUCUCCCUGCAUGUCAGGAAAAGCAACCGUGCUGCGCUGCACCUCUACUCCAACACCCUCAACUUCCAGAUCAGUGAGGUAGAGCCCAAGUACUACGCGGACGGGGAAGAUGCGUACGCGAUGAAGCGAGACCUCACGCACAUGGCUGAGGAGCUGCGGAGACACCUGGAGCUGAAGGAGAAAGGCAGACACGUGGUGCUGGGGGCCAUUGAGAACAGAGGCAACGCGCUCGCUGCCCCUGGCGAGGCCUGCGCCGAGGAGAAGGUGCCUGCUGAUGACAGUGGCGGGGACAGCAAGGAGCUCAGCGAGGCCAGUGAGGCCACAGAGAGCACGGACGUCAGGGACAGCUCCGAGGCCUCCGACUCAGCUUCCUAAGCUGCCCCCCGCCUGGCCUCGCCCCACGAGCCCUCCCAAUAAACCUCAGCCUGUGCUCUUGGGGA